UUAGUUAAAGUACCAGGUUAAUUCGCAAUUUACAAGUCCUGGGAAAAAACUUACACGUGUACGUGGAUUGGUCCAAACUAUGUAACUAAGGGAUUUUGAAACAAAAAUAAAAACAAUUGGGGCAAGUUAUUUUGAAAUGCCCUGAUGAAUUAAGUUUACUAAUUUGUAUUUGCCUACAUUUUAAUUUCCAGAUAUUGCCAAGACUUUUGAUAAGGUCUUACGUCAACACGCCAUUUAUAUGAUUCUAAAAAUUGAUGUGAAUAAUUCAAUGGAGAUGAAUUUUGAAGUUGGAGAUGUUUGAGUAAGCCAUUAUAUUCCCUUUCAGUGUGACUAGACAGUUUAUCAUGGGACUUGAAUCUUGCUUGAGACAUCUAAUAUUCAUAUGGUGAACAUAAUAAAUACACCACUUGCAAGCUGUAAAUGAAACUAACAGAUAAACCAGUCAGAUGCCGAUUAUAGCAGCCACAUGGUCCGUCAAAAAGUAUCAGAGUAAUAUGAUGAGCUAAAAAGGUUUAAAAAAACUUAAAAGAGUUGAGUGAUCACUUAUGUGGUGACUGUUUAAUUAUGUUGAGGUAAUUUAAAAAAUCUCUGAUGAUCAAAAAUGUGUCUGUCCAUAAAAUGUCAUACAAGGUCAUCCCUGAUGAUCGAUGAUGUGUCUGUCCAUACAAGGUCAUCUCUGAUGAUCAAUGAUGUGUCUGUCCAUACAAGGUCAUCCCUGAUGAUUGAUGAUGUGUCUGUCCAUACAAGGUCAUCCCUGAUGAUUGAUGAUGUGUCUGUCCAUACAAGGUCAUCCCUGAUGAUUGAUGAUGUGUCUGUUCAUACAAGGUCAUCCCUGAUGAUCAAUGAUGUGUCUGUCCAUACAAGGUCAUCUCUGAUGAUCGAUGAUGUGUCUGUCCAUACAAGGUCAUCCCUGAUGAUUGAUGAUGUGUCUGUCCAUACAAUGUCAUCCCUGAUGAUCAAUGAUGUGUCUGUCCAUACAAGGUCAUCCCUGAUGAUUGAUGAUGUGUCUGUCCAUACAAGGUCAUCUCUGAUGAUCAAUGAUGUAUCUGUCCAUACAAGGUCAUCCCUUAUGAUCGAUGACCUGAUGAUUGAUGAUGUGUCUGUCCAUUCAAUGUCAUCCCUGAUGAUCAAUGAUGUGUCUGUCCAUACAAGGUCAUCUCUGAUGAUUGAUGACCUGAUGAUUGAUGAUGUGUCUGUCAAUACAAGGUCAUCCCUGAUGAUCAAUGAUGUGUUUGUCCAUACAAGGUCAUGGCUGAUGAUCAAUGAUAUGUUUGUCGAUUCAAUGUCAUCCCUGAUGAUCAAUGAUGUGUCUGUUCAUACAAGGUCACCCCUGAUGAUCAAUGAUGUGUUUGUCCAUACAAGGUCAUCGCUGAUGAUCAAUGAUAUGUUUGUCCAUUCAAUGCCAUCCCUGAUGAUUGAUGACCUGAUGAUCGAUGAUGUGUCUGUCCAUACAAGGUCAUCCCUGAUGAUCAAUGAUGUGUCUGUCCAUACAAGGUCACACCUGAUGAUCGAUGAUGUGUCUGUCAAUACAAGGUCAUCCCUUAUGAUCGAUGAUGUGUCUGUCCAUACAAGGUGUUACAGUAACGCACGUGUUAACAGUGUAACAGCUGUUCAUUACCAGUAUCAGGCCGGAGAAUCAACGGGGUUUUCAGGGGUUUACACACAGGCUCAACAGAAUGUUAUCACACCAUUAAAAUAUUUAUUUUUGCAAUCAAGUUACCAUUACCAUAUCAGUAGCGUAAUAAAGUUGUUCUGGUGAAAAGAAAUAAAUGUUUUGAGACUUCUUUUACACCAGUUUGAUGAAAUAUUCCCUUUGCUUACUGUUUCAGCGCAUAGUCAUAUUUUUAAGGGCAGGCAAAGAAUUCAUGCAUUAACGGAUCAGUUGUAGCCAUAACGGAUUACGUGAUCGAAACCAUUCAGGAGGGCAUCUAACACGCUAUUUGAACUGUUGAAACAUGAACUGUGUUGUUAACAAUGACCAACUAAUAUUGCCAGUUAUACAUUAUAUUCAUUUUUUUUAUUAAUUGUUUUCUAUUUGUUAUCUUGUAUCUACACUUUGCACAUGACAUUCUUUUGAGAAUUAUCUGUUGAAAAUCUUUUAAAGAUUGAAAAGAUAUGGGCAUCUUAUAAACCAUGUAAAUUGUUUGAAAAUAUCUAAAUAUCGAUAUCGAAAAUGAACCAUAAAUAAAACAUUAAGAUUGA